GACUCAUUAAAACGAACCUAAAGGUGCCUAAAGUUAUUUCAUUUAAGAUUUAAACCGAUUGUUUUAAAGGAGGUUAUAUUUUGUCUGAAUUUCUUUCUCGUCGAUCGAUGUAUAGUGUAUGUUGACCUUGAUGUCGUUUAAGAUAAGGUGUGGAAUUUUUAUCGCAAACCGCAGAAGCAGUGAGUCAUCAGUGCGAACGCCGAAAUCUCACCAUGGAGUCCGUACCCCUCGGCAGCUACCUGAAGCUAAGACCGGAAACCCUGGAGGCGGUCCGGCGGAGUAUAAACCUGGAUAAGCCAGGGGAGAUGAAGGACGCUGUGAGGAUCCUGGACGAGUGGAUACACCAGCAGCUGCAUUUCAGACACAAGGAUUUUCCUCCCGAAUACCUGGAGAACACCAUCGUGGCAUCUAAGGGUUCCCUGGAGCGGGCCAAGGCGUCGCUGGACAAGCUGUUCACCAUACGGGGUCUCACCCCGGACCAGUUUGCACUCAUAGACGUGAAGAAAGAGAUCCUUGGACUCAAUGGCAUGGGGUACCAGCUGGUUUUGCCGCAGCUGACGGAGGACCACACGAGGGUACUCUUCGUCAAGUUCAACUGCUUCGCGCCCAAAGUCCUCAACCUCUUCUAUAAGACCUCGUUUGCUUUGGUGGAAUAUCUCCGUCUCCACGACUACCACCGCGCGGUAGACAUGAUCGUGGACAUGACGGGGGCUGACGUCGCGGAGGCCCUCACCGCCAACUUCAACGACUUCAAGACCAACUAUCAGAUCUGCAUGGAAUGCUUCCAACUCCGCCUCAACCGCGUGGACUGUGUCACCUCCUCCUCCGUGGUCAACGCGUUGCUGGCCAUCGUCAAACCCUUCAUCAAAAAGAAGACAGCAGACAGGAUAUCCGUGGUCAAGACGCCGGAAGACCUCCACCAGUACUACCCUAAGAGCAUACUGCCUCAGGAGUAUGGAGGCGGGGAAAAGUCACUUAAGGAUUUGCAAGUGGACUAUCUGGAUCAGCUGUCUACAGAAGAGCACAGAGCGAUGAUGAGGACUAUGUCGUCUGCCACCACCGACGAGGCGCUGCGCUCCCAGUACAAGUUCAACGACCUCUACGCCGGUACCGUCGGCACAUUCCGGGCGUUGACCCUGGACUGAUGAUGACUAUGUGACUAGAGUUAUAUUAGAUAUCUAUUGUUAGUAUCACAAAAGGAAGAUGCGAAGUUGGCCUCCGACUUUAGUGACGUUGAAACCGAAAAGGAGUUAUUUUAUAGUGUCCAUGUGUGUAUGAAAUUGAGGAGUGCUCUCUUGUUUCUCGUUUAACCCAGUUUCCGAUACGACUGACGAGAGAUCAGGCGACGAACUGACUUUUUACUUGCUCAUCCGAUGCAUGGAUGUUUUUUAAUUUUAUCAAAUAAAAAUAUACUUAUAAGC